AUGGGGCACUCGUGGCAUGAGUGUCCGAAGCGACGCCUGAUGGACUGUGUUUUUCUGCUGCUGCAGUGGGAGGUGCAGAGCCCACAGAGGCAGCAGGGAAUAGAUUGGCUACGUCCGCUUCGCCAGAGUGAGUUUCGGCGUUACCGUUGUUCGGCGUCACCGUUGUUCGGCGUCCUGACUCUCAUUAUCCAAAACAUCAUGUUGGAGUCUUUUUCCUUGACGCCAGGACUAUUGCCGUGUCUGCCCUUCUCUGCUGCAGACGGCGUCUCCUUUGCGGUCGUAUCAGAUACGCGUGGGUUUUCAUUGCUCGUGGUGAAUGGUUGA